UCAAAAUCCAUAGCUUUAUUCGCCAUUGAAUUGCUGUCAGGUCGACUGUUUGUAAACUAUGGCUGGCGAUAAUUUAAUGGAGCAUACAUAUGUGAAGCACAAAUUCUUCUUUAUACUCAUAUAAAUCGGAAUAAGUGAUGGAAUUUGAAAUAACGCGCACAAGGCCUUCGCUUUUUGGGGAUAUUGCACAUGGUUUGGGCUUCUGGACAGAUCGUUCUGCAGUGCAUGAAGCCGCAGCUCAGGGCAGAGUCGUGCAGCUCCGGAAACUGAUCGAGAAUGGAGCAUCUGUCAACAUUGUGGCCGUGGACUCCAUCACUCCCCUCCAUGAGGCCUGUAUUCAGGGCCAUACGCAGUGUGUGAAGCUGCUUCUGGAUGCUGGAGCUCAUGUUGAUGCUCGUAACAUUGACGGCAGCACUCCGCUGUGUGAUGCCUGUGCUGCUGGAAGUCUGGAGUGUGUGAAGCUGCUGUUAGAGCAUGGAGCCACAGUAAAUCCUCCUCUCUUUACCUUCUCACCACUGCAUGAGGCCUGCAUGGGCGGUAACUCUAAAUGUGUUCAGCUCAUGAUUGAUGAAGGAGCGCUGAUGGAAGCUCAUGACUGUCACUUUGGCACUCCUCUGCAUGUAGCGUGUGCACGACAGCAUCUGGACUGCGUCAAGGUCCUGUUGAAUGCAGGUGCAAAUGUGAAUGCUGCUAAGCUUCAUGAGACGGCACUUCAUCAUGCUGCUAAAGUCAAAAAUCUGGAACUAAUUGAGCUUUUGGUUGAAUUUGGGGGAAAUAUCUUUGCCAGAGACAACCUUGGAAAAAAGCCAAUUCAGUACACCAGAUCCAGUUCAGCGUCCGCCCUCUGCUUAGAGUUUUACGAAUCCACGCCGCUCAGUCUGCAGCAGUUAUGCAGGAUUUCUCUCAGAAAUGCCCUCGGGAAAAGAGCGCUGGGGGUUUUCACUCAACUGGGACUCCCAAACCGAAUCAUCUGGUUCCUCUCUUAUUUACCGGCUCCUCCUAUGGAGCUCCUCCAGUCCUGACGAUGUUCUGCUUCGGUCAUCUGUGGCGCACAACACACUGACUCUGCUUAAGAAUAAGGGAUUUGGAUCAUUGGUUUCCAGGAUAAAGGAGAUACAGAGACAGUAACAGCUGUGCUCAGUAUUUGUCACGUAUUUGCUGAUAUUUUUUUGCACUGUUAGUGCAGGGAACCAACAGACGGUGGUAUGAAUGCAGUUUACUGCCAAGAUUCCUAAAAUAAUUUGACUUGGGCAAAAAAAAAGCACUUUAACAAGUA